GGUAAAAUAAAGGUUAGAAGAGGUUAUGAACUCUCACCCGUGGAUGGGUGACGAAGUGACUAGAAGUGAUUGUGGCUAGUAUAGCAACUAUGAACUGUCCAAAUGGUCCAAAUGAGGUAUGGCCAGGUCAGUCGUCACUUCUGAUUAUAAAGGCGGAAAUGGAUAGAGAAUAUAGGGAACAACGUGAUCACGAGAACGAGGAACGUAGAGUUGUAAUGGAUUUUCGAGGGUUGUCGCACCAUAUUAGCGCAGAUCACUCGAGAGAUGCUGAUACGGAUAGAGACAUGGAAACUGAUCAAGACGACCAGAUUGAAAAUUUUUGUGAUGAGAAACUUGAUCAUAAAAUGGGAAGAGAUUUUCGUAGUUUAGCUCACCACCCAGCCAUGCGAGAUCUAGAUAGAGAUCAAAGCAACCAUGCAGAUAGUUUGCAUGAUGACAAGUCAGAUCACAAAAUGGGAAGAGACUUUCGCAAUGUGAAUCACCAUCCUGGAAUGGUACAUUUACAUUCUGGUAUUGAGCAUCUAACGAAUAACGAUGUGGAGAUUAAAUUAUCAAGAGACGUUCGAGGUUCUCUCGGAUUGGGUCUAUCCUUAGAGCUUUGUGUGGUCUGUGGGGACAGAGCGAGUGGAAGGCACUACGGGGCGAUAAGUUGUGAAGGGUGCAAAGGAUUCUUCAAACGCAGCAUUCGAAAACAACUUGGUUAUCAGUGCAGGGGAAGUAAAUCUUGUGAAGUUACCAAACACCACCGAAACCGCUGCCAAUAUUGUAGGCUUCAAAAGUGUCUAGCCAUGGGCAUGCGAAGCGACUCGGUGCAGCAUGAGCGAAAACCAGUAUUGGGCGACUCGGCCGGGACGAAAGGAGGAAAUCGAGGACCUAGAGUGAAGCCUGAACCACAGCAGCCGGUCCCGGAGGCAACACCUACGUGGGAGCAGCCAGAGAGUCCGAGCAUGGAGGAUCAGAGCAGCGAUAGCGACCUCAGUGACGCUCUCACUUUAGCCAGGGAACGAUUGCUCAUCUCUCACGCUCUGGACAGCAUGGCUCAGCUAAUUGGAGAUAACGUAAAUGGGUCAGGCGAACCAGAAGAAGAGUGGACUGGUCAGUUGCUGUCCGAAAGACAGACAGUCUUUGAGUUGAGAGCACCUAGUCCAGCCCCAGCAUACUUAUCAAUUCAUUAUAUAUGUGAAAGUGCUGCCAGACUCCUGUUCUUAUCCGUUCACUGGGCCAGAGGGAUUCCCGCGUUUCAGGCUUUACCAUCUGACAUACAAACUAUGCUGGUUCGUAGUUCGUGGGGUCAACUUUUCACUCUUGGAUUAGCUCAGUGUGCCUACACGUUGUCGCUGCCUAGUAUCCUUACGUCGAUAAUAAAUCACGUACAGGCUAGUAUCGCUCAAGAAAAAAUUACUGCGGGCAAAGUGAAGUCCAUUACAGAGCACAUUUGUCGUCUUCAGGACUGCGUUAGUUCCUUACAUAAGCUUCAAGUCGAUUCUGCGGAGUAUGCAUAUCUGAAGGCCUUAACGCUUUUCAGUGCCGACAACGUUUUGGCAGGAAUUUGGCGAAAAAAAGUGGAAGUACUGCAAGAAGCAGCUUGGAACGAACUACAGCAGCGUGUUGGAUCAGAGAGGCUACCCCGUCUUCUCCUGAGACUUGCUCCACUUCGUUCGAUUAAUCCGAGAAUUUUGGAAGACCUCUUCUUCGCAGGUCUUAUUGGUAAAGUAAGUGUGGCAAGUGUAGUACCUUAUAUUCUUUCCAUGCAAGACUGCAAAAGCGAACCCGAGAGUCAGAUGGGGUGUGACGCAGAGGAAAAAACUAUGGAACCUCCAAUUUCUCGGUCUGACGAACGCCUUCCAAAAACCACUUCUAUCAUAGAUGACUAUGAAAUCAGUAAUCAUGUCCUAGGCCUAGGUAUCAAUGGAAAAGUGGUGCAAUGCUACGACAGAAAAACAAGGGAAAAAUACGCACUCAAGGUCUUACAUGAUUGUGUAAAAGCAAGAAGGGAAGUGGAGUUACACUGGAGAGCUUCAAAUUGUAGACACAUUGUUCAUAUUAAAGACGUUUACGAAAAUUCGUACAGUGGAAACAAAUGUUUGCUUGUUGUCAUGGAAUGCAUGGAAGGUGGGGAACUUUUUCAGAGGAUACAAGACAGGCAGGAUGGACAAGACGGUGCCUUUACGGAAAGAGAAGCAGCUCAAAUUAUGUACGAAAUUUGUGUGGCAGUGAAACACCUUCACGACAUGAAUAUAGCCCAUCGUGAUCUCAAACCAGAAAACCUAUUGUAUUCCAAACCAGAUAGCACAGGAAUCUUAAAGUUGACCGACUUUGGCUUCGCUAAAGAAACUCAUCUCAAGGACACACUUCAAACGCCUUGUUACACGCCAUAUUAUGUUGCCCCAGAAGUCUUAGGCCCAGAUAAAUAUGAUAAAAGCUGCGAUGUAUGGUCCUUGGGAGUAAUUAUGUACAUAUUAUUGUGUGGAUUCCCUCCAUUCUAUAGUAAUCAUGGGCUGGCAAUUUCGCCGGGAAUGAAAAAAAGAAUAAGAUUAGGUCAGUACGAUUUUCCUGCGCCUGAGUGGUCUAACGUCAGCACGGAAGCUCGCGAUCUCAUCAAGGGAAUGUUGUGCACAGAUCCAGCUCUAAGGCUACAAAUUGCUGAUGUAAUGCGCAACAAGUGGAUCUCAAAACACACGGAAGUUCCAGCAACGCCUUUGCACACAGGGCGAGUCCUAAGAGAAGGUGAAGAACUUUGGCCCGAAGUUCAAGAAGAAAUGACUCGUUCCCUGGCCACAAUGCGAGUCGAUUACGACACAGCAAAUUUAAAGCAACUAGACCACACCAACAAUCCUCUUCUAAUCAAACGUAGACGAGCGAAACAAUCAACGGCAGUUCCACAAGCUGCCAAUGCAACUCCAGCUUCCUAGGAGGAGGCUGACAGCUCGGGGGACAGUCAUAAAUGGAUCCUCUUUUUACGAAGAUGUAUCAAAUGCAGCAUCUUUAUUCUACGAAUCGUAUUUUGAAGCUUGUCGGUUGAAAGAUAAACUGCCCAGUAAAGCUUUAGGUACACGAGAUAUGUAUAAAUGAGAUUAUAUUUUUCGAGUCGAUGCCUGCACGAACACUGCGCUGUGGUUUUUUGGACACGUCUAGACAGUUCGUUUCGUAUUUUAAUGGAGUGUCGUCAUCGUUUUGAUUCGACUUAGAGAGUGAUUUCAAUGUAUUGUGAAGUAGUGGCCACUUUUUCCAAAUUAUGAGCCGUUUGAAAUUUUAAUGAGCUUUUUAUUUGCAUCUGUUUUGUCCUAAGGUAAUUUGUCAUUUAUUUCAGUUAACGUUUUCGUUUUCAUUCGAGUCCUAUAAGAACACUUUAAAAUCUUGACAGUUGAGAAAGUCUUGGUUUUAUUUUAAUUUUCCAGAUUACAAAAGAGAAGGUUGGAAUUGCAUUUUAAGAGAAGAUCAAUUUUGCAUUAAUUUGUAUUCUGCCCUACGAUUUUGGAUAUCAGGUGCCUAACUGAAUGAACUCCAGUUUAUUCAGCGACAUGUUAAACGAAGGCACAGAAAAUAAACUUUGUAUAACUUAUAAAAAAUGUUAACACCGAAGUAGUGAUCGUUACUACAUUAAUAUCAAGGAGAAUUGUAAUAUCUGGAAAUUGUGUUCACUAUGGAAAACCCGGGGAAUGACCGCGAAUUUUAUUUUAAUUUGAACCGAGAAAAUAAAAAAUUGACCGACAGAAAACAGAGAAAUGACUGGGAAUUUAAGGUCAUCCAGCGGGUAGAUAAUCUGCAUUCGCUUCAGAAUGCUGAAAAUGGGAAUAAGCAUAAUAUGAGUUUUUACAUUACACGUUAGCAAGGUCCAUUAUAAUCUGCUCAAAAUUUCAUGUUGAGUCCAAUUAUACCUAGGAGAUAAAUAAACUAUCUAUAGUACAAUAAUAAAGUAAUGGAGAAUUUGGGACGUGCUUAUUCAGUAAGCAGUUAUUAAUUUGUUACUUGUCAAUAAAUUGUCAAUCUUCUUAAAGUAGGCGUAAGAAAAUACAGCUUUGAGUCGAUACAUAUAUGGGAUAGAAAUGUCUUAAUUUUGAUAGAUUUUAGGACCUGCAUCACAACAUGGUAAUGGUACUGUUUUCUUUAAGAUUAGAAUAUAAUAUGACUGAAGUCGAAAGCUGAAUUGAAACCAGAGAUUUACAAGAGGUUAAAAAGCAAUUGUUUAUCUCAAAAAUAUAAAAACUAAAAUGCUUUCAAAUUUGAAUUCAAGUUUACAGAAGUUAAUUGAAGUGUCCAGACAUUAUUUUAUAGAAAAGGUAUAGACAACCGCACACUUCUUAAACUGUGCGUAAUAUUUUCAGAUUUAACCGUCCAAAUAUUUUAAUGUGAUAACAUUUUCCUUUAUGUUUUCAUGCAAAAAGAUUUUAGUCAUGCUGUAACCGAUUAAUCAUUAUAGUAGAGGAGAGUACCCAAAUAUGAGACGCCAACUCUGUUUGGCGUGAUUGUCGGAAUUCUAUGUACUGAAUUUAAAAGUAAUAUCGGUCAUUUUAAAGGAAAUU